GGUUGGGGAGGUUGGGUGUUAUUCGUUGUAGUAAUAGGUUCAUUUUUGUCCAAAUGAAACACCUAGCCCGUGGAGCUCAAUCUUUUAUCGUGACGCAUAGUUAAGGCGCUUAUUUGGGUAGGUGGCUAGGGUCCAUUGCGGAACAAGUGUCAGCCGGGCUCUCACUAGAAUUCAGGCGUUGCAGGCUUCUCAGAAUGCUCCUUGUUUGGUGUUCCGAAAGGCCUAAAUUUGUUGGGCUCCAAGGGAAAGUUACAAUGCAAUUCUAAUGAAUUGGUUUGAGUAAGUGCUGUUUGAUCCCAGCACUCAAUUAUUCAAUGUUAUAGAAAGUUAUGUAAGCUGUACAGCAAACUUGUGGGGAUAAGAGACAUUUCAGUUGUAUCCUCAUUUAGUGUUCAUUACAGCGAUUUCAAGGAUAUGUGAAAAACUGGGAAGACUCAAACUAUUUUUGAUCAAUGAUUCAAGUCCCUUGUGAUAAUUAAGGGACAUUGGCUGCAUAUUCAUUGGUGGUUUGUCAGCUUAGAGUUGGUACCUUGCUUCCAUGAUUUUAUGGAGCAUUUGGAAAGUGAAAAGCAUGUUUUCAAGUAUGCAGUGAGUUUUGAAGUAGUGUGCACUGAAUAAUCUCUACUAUUUUGUUUGUCUUGAAAGAUAAUGAGGUUUAUGCUGGAUUGAAUCAAAAUACAAAUGGAUGAAUGUGAAAUUACUUUGCUACAAUGAACAGGACAAGUUGUACCUGGAAUUAGAUGAGUUGUUUUUACUGGAUCGAUGCAGAAUUGACCUAAGGUACCUUCUAGUUACAUCCCAUAUAAUUUUUCCUAGCAUCUUAAAAAACAACCAAAUGAGCCACCAAAUACUGGCCUUGCUAUCUUGUUAUAAAAAGGAAUGCUGCACAUAGCGAAUGAACCAUCUUAAACAUAUCUGGCUCUUAUUUUCUACCACCUGAAUACAUUCUAUGGGAAUUUGUUGUGGAUGUCAGCUUUAGAUAUUGGGAUCAACAUCAGUAAAUCUCUUCUUUUUUUUCUUCUUUACAUAACAAAAUAGAUUGAGUCAAAAUGAACUCUAGAAGCUACCUUUGCUUAAAUUGUAUCCUUAAAGAGGAACAAUGUGAAUAUAAUUUUGGGCUUCAGAUUUUAUUGAACAUCCCUAUUUUAUCUGGUGCUGAGCAUUAGGGCCUAAGAAUAUGUGUUGAGUCUUUGUGUGUGAAUGUGUAUGUGCUAUUUGCAUGCAUCUGACUAGUGCACUUUAUGACAAUGGUGAGGUGUCAUAGCAGCUUUUAACCUUGUCCAAAUGUAAUGGUGAUUAAUCCUGCUUCAAACAGUCAGUUUUGAAAAUUUAUAAGUGAGAACAGUACACUAUAUCUUGAUCAUUUCCCACUAAUAUCUUUUGAAAUCUGUCACAUUUUGAAUACUUCUCCCUGCAGGCAGCUCCGAGAGCAUGGGCUUGAGCAGUUUGACAAUCGUUGACCACUAGUCGGCUAGGUAUUGGGUUUUAAUGGUGUGUCAACUGCCUUGGUUAUUUUCAUCCUGGUUGGCAACUGAAUGAGUGACAUACCUUGCUUGACGCAGAAGCAGAUCUAUUAAAAACGCAAUUGGCCACAUCUCAUCAUCUUAGUUGUACUAUCCCCUUUCAAAAGACUAGCUAGGGCUAAGUAUUUUUCUUGGUUGUGUUACACCAACACAUGCUCAGCAUUUUGGCAUUAACUGCCAGAAAUACCAUGAGAGCGGCUGGGCGAUGCCAUACUGACGGGAGCUGAUGUAGCUGGUGAAGACGCCAGCUAGAAGACACUGUAUUGAUGUGAAUACACAUUGGUUUUCCAUGCAUUCCUACCUGCCAGACCCAGACAGUGUCCCAAUAUCAGACAUGUCUGUGUUCGAGCGGAAGGCAGCUAACAAGAUCCUGUUGGAUGACACUGAACCGCUCUCCUGCAACAUUGAGGGAUACCAGAAACGGGAGGACCAUAUCGAGUACAUCAUCUGCGUACAGCGGGGCGUCAGGAGCAAGGACAGAUGGCGCGUGCGGCACCGUUACAAGGACUUCGUCGAGCUGAACGACGCUCUUUCCGUCUCCAAGCUCGAUCUGCAGCUGCCCAGAAAGAAGGUGUUUGGCAACAUGGACAAGAACUUCAUCGAAGACCGCCGGCAGGGGCUCCAGGUCUACCUGGACACGGUGCUAGCCCACCCGCUGCUCUCGCAGUGUCUGACGGUUAAGCGGUUCCUGGACCCACCAAACUAUCCGGAUACCAUGGAAGCGGACGCGCUGCAGGCGGUGAGCCUCGGCUGGCGGCCGCGCAAAUACCAUCAGCUGGCGUCGGACGGAGGCCGCCGCCAGCUGCUCACCUGGAGCCCGUACGGGCCCGACCGCUGCCUCCAGGUGCCGCAGAUGGCUGCCGUCAACAAGUGCCUGGCCAGCCUGCAGUUCCCCUACAUCCAGACGCACGAGUACAGUCAGCUGGCGGAGCGGGCCGGCCUGCACAUCGCGCCGCUCUGCCCGGCCGGCUCGCUACGUGACGUCAUCAGCGGCACCAAGCCGGGCGCCGCCCACUUCCUCAGCAAGUACGGCGGCGUGCGGCCCGAGUGCGCCCUUCUCUACAGCGACAUCCGCAACAUCGGCCGCCAGCUGCUGGAGGCGCUCCGGCUGCUGCACCAGCGCGGCAUACCCUACGGACACCUACACAGCGGUAACGUGCUGUAUGACGGCGGCGUGUGCCGGCUGACGGACCUGGAGAACGCCGUGUGGGGCGUGCCGCCGUUCUACCGGCCUUACCAGGUGCGCCACCGCCGGCUGGCCACGCUGGAGGCGGCCGACGUCUACGGCCUGGGCCACGUGCUGCACGAGCUGACGUUCGGCCGGCCGCUGUUGGCCGACCAGCUGGAGCAGCUGCCACCCGAUCUGAUGCCCGAUCUCGGCCGCGUGCUGGACUCGAUCCUGUCGGCCGACGCGCUGCGUCACGGGCUGCCGUCGGUGGAGCAGUUGCUGGAGACGCCGCUGUUCCGGGACGUGGUGCCACCGCUUCCCGUCACCUGCGCGCUCAAGAUGACGCCGCAGUGCCGCGAGCUCUUCCGCACCGUCAAAACCACCACCGAGGAGCGGCUGCAGCACGACCAAAAGCUGUACCGGCACCAGCGUCGGCUUGACAAGACUGAGGCGCUGCUGAACGAUGAAGACAAGAGGCGCGCCCGCCGGCAGCUCCAGAGAAAGCGCCAGCAGGAAGGCCUCCGUGCGGACAACGUCUCCGACUCCGGCAGCUCCAGCUCCUUCCCGCGCAGCACCAGCCCUGGCUCCAGCUCUAGUGCGCCGGCGCCGCCGCCGCCGCCUCCGCCGCCUCCUCCUCCGCCUGCGGCCGCCGGCCCGUCCACCGUCAGCUGUCCGCCACCGCCGCCAGGCGGCUCUGGCGACGCGGGCCGGCGCGCACUGCUCGACUCCAUCUCAGCGUUCGACAAGAGCGGUCUGAAGCGCGCGAACGGCGACCAAGGCGGCCCCGCCGCCGUCCGGUAAUGACAUCACGGGCCGGCGUCUGACGUCACACUAGGAAACCCCGGCGUUGGGUCGCGAGGUGGAGCGGUGGGCGGGCGUGUGUUCAGCUGAGCUUCUGAGGGCGUGCGCGCUGUUUAUAGUCAAGCUUUGUUCCAUCACAUUUAUCGUGCAAUUUGUCGCUUAUCUAACGUUAUCGUGCUGGUUUGAGUGGCGUGGCGUGCUAGCAGUAGUGAUGCGGCGAUUAUAGUGCAUUACCCCACGCACCUCAUAGUGCCGCCCGACCUUAUUAUAGGCAGCGAACGCCAGAGUGUAGCACCAGUGCGUGCUCCAGUGACCAAGUAACGUCAUUGUUUAUUGUGAUUUGGUCUCAGCCACUCGUGCCUGCCGAAACCCCGUCGUAUUCGUAUGACGGACUCAGCUGUGGUGCAUGCCAGCCGGGCGCGUCGAGCUAGUGGU